AGAAUGAGACAUCCACUGACACGUACCGCCUUGCACGCGCUCUCCUGAAUACAAUACACAGUACAAUAAGCAAGUAAUGGAAGUUAAGAUGCUACAAUCUUCUCAUACAGCAGCUACAGUGACAAACAACUGACACGCGCCAAAGGCUCAAGUACUGGCAUCAGCAAGGUAACCACGUGUUGAGCAGAAUACGACGUAUCAUGAGCAGAAACUGAUACUGCAAGAAGAAUGCAGCAGCAAUACUUCCACGAAACCCACAUAAGCUGAAACCCUAAUACUUCUCGAAAGACACCAGCAGAACUGAAGAUUGCAGCGUCCGCAAAAGUAAUCACGUACCAAAACUCCGCGCUAUCAUAGAAUAAUCCAUCACGUGACAAUUGGCCAUGAUAGUCUUAGUAUAAAUAAGGGUAGCCACUUAGAAACAAGCAGUCCAGUUAAAGUCCGUAACGUAGUUCAGUAAAAAUUUGUAGAGAAGCAAUUCAGUUGAAAUUUUGUCAAAGCGCAGUUCAGUUAAAAAUUUUUCAAGGGUUCAGUCAGUUCAGCUCAGUUAUUGACUUCAGUUAUUCAGUUCAGUUAUAGAGUUCAGUCCAAGUAGUUAAAAUUUUGUCAAGAAUCAGUUAAAAAUUUAUCGAGAGUUAAUAUCAAGUUCAGAAGAACAGUAGUCUUUGCGAAGCAGAGAAUUGUUCUAAUCCAAUUUUUAAGUAACGUCAAGAAGUAGAACCGAGCAUUUUAUUAAUCGUUAACCAUUCAUACAGUCAGUCUUCCAAUAACUAUAUUGACUCAGUACGAUAUUCCAGGAGUGCGAUCGACUAUACAUAUAAGCAAGAGAGUUGCGCCUGGCAAACUAAUGUCGAAACGCGCAUCAAAGUCCAAUGCAAAAAUCACACGGCGAGUGCCGCACCGGGCAGGAGUUCAUCAAACAUUAAGAGAUAGAUGAACGAGUUCAUAGAUCAUCGAGUCCAAACUUGCUUAAAAUACCAAAAAAAAUUCUUGACUUUUAUCUCUGCUGCUUUGAACCACUAUAUUCGUAUCUGCGAUUUUUUUUUUUUUGGAAACAUUGUCAAUUCCAUACGAAGAGAUCCUCAUCGUUCGGGCAAAACGGUACAUAUUUCAAUACAUACACAUAUACAUCAAAACAUCUUAUUGGUUAGAUUAUUCGAUCUCGUUGAUAGGACAAACGCCUCUUUUCAAUAAAUUAUUCGUUUACGUGUGUCUAAGUGUUCUAAAUAUACCGAAUAUCUCAAAUCUGUUACAAAAUAUUUGAAUUUUUCUAUUCCACUAUUCAAUACCUUCACUAUACCUUAACGUACUCCAAUUAUUCACAUAGGAAUUUAUGUCCACGCAUUGUCCAUAAGAUGAUGUCACCGUGAACAAUGAUUUUACUCCAGUCGUAACUUUAAAAUCAUUUAAUUUAGGAACUUUUUAAUUAGUCGAGACAUCCGUACGAAAAUUUACAGCUAGAUUAAAUAUUGUUAUUUUUACACAUUACGAUGUAAUUAUUUGUUAUAAGCCAUGCACUGUCGUUUGACACUUAAUCUAAAGACAAUCAGAUAGGUUAGUUAAUUCGUCAAUCGAUCCGGCUGAUACAAUAAAACAAAAAUGAGUGUGAAUCAAAGAUAGCUGCAAGGAGCGCUUGAUCACGUGGUUUUCGUGGUUUUCCUCAGCCUGGGUUCUAGAAAGAGGAAGCAAAAAUACUCUAGGGUACCGUAAAUUAAGCCUUCUCCAGUACUGCGUAGCGUCAUAAGCUAGAAGGCUCCGAAAAAGAUUUGCGACUGCAGCGUAUAGGAUAUUCCGUAAUGCAUUGUGCAAUUAUCAACGUUUAAGUAAGCAGACAAACGUUUAAAAGAUACUUUACGCAUUUCCUACCUUCGCUAAAUAAAUCAUGGCGAUUUUUACGAAAUACAGAUUUCAUCUUUUUCGUUUUUGCUUACGUAACGUUAAAGAUUAGGGAGUUUACUACACUUGAGACAUUCUUGCGUAUCAGAAUAUAGACGUGUCCUCUUACUUAUUUAUGUAUAUAGCUACGCGAUAAAUUGAUCGACCUUUAGUUAUUCGGAAAGGCCGACACAGCAAACAUCGUGUCGGAAGUAAAAUUCUGAUAGUGGUUGUGGUAUAUUCGAAUGGAGUAUCUGUCCCUUGGUCUGUUUUUAAUAGCGAUACUGAUCGCUAUCUACUACUGUGCCACGAAGAAUCAUAAUAUAUUCAAGAAACAUGGAAUCCUGCACAUUCCACCGAUACCAUUGUUUGGAAAUAUGGGAUCCUUCUUCGCAAAACGGUCCACCUUGCAAGACAUCAUUCUGGAAGCUUAUGAACUUCAUCCUGAAGCGAAAUAUGUUGGCAUAUACGAGUCCCUCACGCCUAUCAUAGUGCUCCGCGAUCUCGACUUAAUCAAGUCCGUCAACAUGAAGAAUUUCGAUCACUUUACCGAUCAUCGUAACUUUGUCUUCAAGGACAUGGACCCUAUAUUUGCCGGUAUGCUGUUUUCUAUGAAAGGCGAGCAAUGGAAGGAACAAAGGAGCAUAUUGUCACUCGCGUUUACUUCCAAUAAGGUAAAGGAUAUGUUCAAUCUUAUGUCCGAGUGUGCUACCAGAUACGCGAACUAUUUGUCGAAUCUAGCGGAGAAUGAGCGUGAAAUGGAGAUGAGGGAUCUGCUGACUAAAUAUACCAACGACGUAAUCGCCACCUGCGUCUACGGUGUAUCUGUUGACACCAUAAAAAAUCCGAAGAACGUAUUUUACACGUACGGCAAAUCGACCACGUUCACUAGUUUCAAAAAAGAUAUGGCAAUGUUGGCGCAAAGGAACCUACCCUGGCUGGCGAAGCUCCUUCAGCUCAGAUUUCUGGACAAACAUAUAGCGAAAUUUUUUACCGAACAAGUGAUCAACACGAUCGAAGAAAGGAAACAGAAUGGCACUUAUCGAUCAGAUAUUCUACAACUAUUCAUAGAUGUAAACGACAAGAAGGGUCCAGGAAAAGGUAUGAGCACGGAAAACAUGGUUAAUCACGCUUUUAGCUUAUUCUUUGGCGGAACUGAUUCCGUUGCAACGCAGACAAGCUUUCUGUUCUACCUUCUAGCCGAAAAUCCAGAGAUUUUGAAAAGACUACAGGAGGAAAUCGACGAAACGUUGGAAAAUAAUAACGGACAAUUGACUUACGAUGCCAUACAGAAGAUGAAGUACUUGGAUGCCAUGAUCAACGAAGCGAUGAGAUUGCAACCAAUUACCGUAUUCUUGGAUAGACUAUGCGUGAAAGAUUUCGAGCUGCCACCAGCCUUACCUGGUGAAAAACCUUUCACCGUAAAAGCAGGAAUGAACAUCUGGAUACCUGUUGACGCGAUUCAUCACGAUCCCAAGCACUAUGAAAAUCCGCAGAAAUUCGAUCCGGGUAGAUUCCUCGAGAAUGGAAAGAAGAUCAUAAAUUCGGGUGCGUUUAUGCCGUUUGGUCUCGGUCCCAGAAUCUGUAUCGGCAAUCGGUUCGCGUUAACAGAGAUAAAGGUAUUGCUGUGUCACAUUCUCGCCAAGUGCAACGUCAAGAUUGGAUCGAAGAUGUUGCUUCCGUUGCAAUAUGAGGAAGGUGUGAUAACUGCCUAUGCUAAGAAUGGAUUUUGGCUAAAUGUUGAGCCCAGAGAAAAUUUUUACUGCAUAUCUCAAACUAAUGGAACGACAAAGCAUCUGAGCAAUGGAAAUUGUAGAAAUUGAAUUUGCGAAUGAGUGAUCUUUAAUGCGGUUAAAAUCUUCUUUGCGUAAGAAGUAGUGUUUUUCGGUUAACUCUAUGUCGGCGGACGUCACACCGAAUCAGUCGUAAUCCACGUGAUCUAUACGUUGGCUCAAUUUUGUUUGGAGCAUACUGAAGAUGUUUUGUAAUAUGAGCCUGACCCCUUCCUCUCCAUUAGCGAUAAGAAAACUCUCGCACGAUCUCGAUAACAAGAGCAGGAAAGACAUUUUGGAGUAAAAAAAAUUUAUUGCGAAUCCAGCUGCGCAGCGUCCGUCUUUCGAAUGUUAAUACUAAUACUAACUAAAGAUUGCUAUUUAUUUUACUUAAUGUGAUAUAAGCAAAAUAAAAAGUUUCUUAUAUAAUUCGUGAUCUGAUUGAUUAUUCGCUCGUGCUUCGAAAGAUUAAUAUUGUGUAAUGAAUAAUUUGCUGAAUAUAAUUGUUUCGUUAGAGUUUGACAAAAGAAACUGUUUUUUAGCAAGUUUAUGACGCAAUUGAAACAUUAAGUUCGAAAAAUUUGUUUGGCAUAAAUACAGAAUGAAAUAAAUUCAAGGAUGCGUGGAUAUACAUGUAACAUAUGUAUACUAACUAUUACAUGAGAAAAGUUCUUUAAUUGCAAUUAAUGAAAGAAAAAUAUCGUGGAUUAAGUAAAAAGAGUGACUAAUCAUGACGAGUAAAUGGAUAAAUAGAAUGUUUGACACUUGCGGAAGGAAAAUAUUGUAAUCGAGUAAAUAUUGUUUCGGAUAGUUUGGAAGGUAAUGUUAAUUUUUAUUCCGCAUAUGAGAUUUAACAGAAGCACAAAUUUAUUGCGUAAUUAUACAUCGUUUAUCUGUAAAUUAUAUGUAUGAAUAUGAGUUAUAAUUUUUACCAUAAACAAUAGUCUUCAAAGCGAUAAAAGUAUAUGUUAUACAUUAAUAAAAGUGUCAACAGUAUUUCACGUUUCGAUAAUUGGUCCAAUUCAUUAUAAUUGUAAUGUAUUUGCCAUAGUUUUAUCGUAGGAUAUAUAACACUGCGAAGACGAAGAGGGAAGAAAGGUAGAAGAGCAAGAAAACUAAGAUUCGUUUUCCCUUUUAGCCAUCGUUUCGCGCCUUUUUCCACUAACACGACAAGACAAUACACUGCUUGAAUCCACCCUUACGAUCUUCAGUUCAUUAAUUCUGGCCAAAAGCCGGUCUUGAUGGUGUUGGUUACAUCGCUAACCUUCGGUCUUGGAGUUUUCCUUUUCAUCCCUUCCACGCACUCACCGUAGCUAAAGUGAAUUACAUUAGAGGGGAGAGGGUAGUUUUAUCGAGUCAACCUGCUAGAUAUUUCCUAAGGCACCUAAGGGUCGUUGGAUCGGAAACGGGUCCUUUAACAACGACCAACCUUCCGAAGAAGUUGCACGAUAAUCUGCACUGGACCAAAUUGCUUUCCCGCUUCGUCGAAUAUAACUUGUUGAUCGUUUAUGAAAAUAUUCGUUGCGUUGUUUCCUAUCUCGGCCAACUCCGUUGCUAUUGUUAACUAUGUAUCUAGUUGUUAUUGCUAACUUCGUUUGGCUGUUGUUAAUGUUGCUAGUCGAGUGUUGGUUUAGAUUGAUUUCCGAAGAAAUUUCAUGGUAAAUGUGCGUGGUUCUCAUCGUGUGGUCAUUCGUAAGAAACAGAGAUUUUAUUACGACAUUGUUGUUACUGUAGUAUUAUACCGUUGAAGGUCAUAAUAAAAUGAUUGGAGGUAAUAUAGAGAUUUAUUAUAACGUUAUUUAAGGAUAUCGUACAUUAUUAACAUUAGCCGUGCGAGAAAAUAACUCUUAAUAAAAUAUUUAUCUUUCGUCAAUAUGCUCUUCGUCGAAGAGAUUUCCAUAUCUGAGUUUCGUUUCGUAUCUUUUCAAUAGUCGUUAUCGUUAGUUCAAUUAAAGAUUGCCACGUCGUUGCUUCGUUAAUUAUCUUCGAAGAAAAAAUGUCACUGAUAACUUUAUCCGUUUAAAAGUUACAACUAGGUACAAGUAUAUAGUUUCAUACAAAAUACUUUUCGCAAUCUAAUCUAGAGAUAUUUAAGUUCCUUGUAAGCUACUCGCGUGUUUUCUAAAAAUAUUCGUAUGGUGUCAAAGAGGACAUAUAAGUUGUUUGUUAUUUUCUUUUUUAUAGUGAUACGAUUUGAUGCGGGCACAAUCGCGUACUUAUUAUUGACAGGUCAAUUAAUUCAUUGCGUAUAUUCACAAUGAGUCCUCUUUUGAAUUGUGGCGGCAUUCGACAGCAAAUACCACCACUCGACACUAACUACUGCCGGACGACGGCAGCGCAGUGGUUAGCGCCUUAAGUUACGAACGUUCGGGACCCGGGUUCCAAAUCCCAGCAACCGGAGUUCGAUUUUUUUUCUACGCAUCAAAAAUGGAAGAAAAACAGCAGUACCCCGUCAGCGACAUAUCUACAGUCAGCAGCUACAAUUAUCAGGGACAACACUUACACCUCAGAAUAUUUAUAAAUAGAAUGAUUGUUCCCAAAUGAAAUUCAAAGUAAUUUCAAUUGAAGAUCCACAAUCGCUUCAAAUGGACAUCGGCGGUCGUUUAGAAUUGAAAUCCCCGGUUUGAAAUUGUGACAAAUUACAGUGUACGAUCGUUCCAACGUUUAGUCUUGAACCUUGUAAUCAUUCCAAAUUGAACGAGUGGAAUAAGACAGAGAAAAUCGAGCAGCAACCACAAACUUUCACAUCUAGAAACUAUAACAUAAUAGACCUAAGAUUAUCUUCGGACGACAAAACGUUUAGAAUGAUCCAAUCAUUUAAUAAAUUUAAUGAAAUUCAUUGCUUUUCCUCUGGUGUAUUUCAAAAAGUUAUAAAAAGAAAUGAUCAUAUGUAUUUAAUCGUCCCAGCUACCGAUCGGAACCCUGUCUAAAGACAAAGUUCGCGAUUCCCAGAAAAUCGAAUAUCAAAUCCAUGAGAGUUCGCAGCACAUUAUCACAAUUUCUUGAACCACGAGAAUGAAGAAGUAGGUCGCAAUUAGGUUGGUGCGAUAUCCGCGUGAUAUUGUGACGAGCAACCAUCUCGUGAUGUAGCAGCUUAUAUAUACGCGGGAACUCGCUCAUUAAAGCAACAUUCACAAGGUCGUAUGGCGUCUUUGCCACUAGCCGAUCACGUAGUAGAAUAUAUUACACAUACGACUGUUAUAUGUAUCUCGACUCCAUGUUACGUGCUGGACAUGCAGAGACGAUGCUGACGCAUCCGGCCAGAAUAAUUGAGAUGGACGCGUAACACGUAUCCAUUAUAUGACCAAGAACACGCGCCACGAUUCGAUCCUCCUUUUCAUUUCUUCUCCGAUUCGUUUCACUGAAAUACGAACAGGUUAAAUGGUGGCGGAAGAAUUUUGUGGGAUAUCCAAAAAAUUCUCUAUCUCUUUGGCUUUUUCCCCUUAUUUACGAUCACGCGGGAAAGUUGGAGAAAGAAGUAAAGAAACUCCAAAACUGAGAUACAUCGGUGCUUAACGGAAAUUGACUCGUAAAAAUAAUACUAUAAAUAAAGAAAAUCGAUAAAAAGGAUUGAAAUGUGCCUUAGGUAUAAACACAAAGCUGAUCGAAAACUUUAACAUCUUUGAACGAAGAUAUCGUUUUGUUCGCAUCGUUUAAUGUUCAGGAAAGGCAAUCAUAUAUUGAAUCUUUUCUCUAUCAGAAAGAACUUUGGAGCCCCAGACGGAGGAUGCUAUCGUUAAUUAUUUAGUUUACGGUACCUGAAACUUGAAAUUUGUGAAACUAGGACGAAGUAUGGUAUGGACAGUAUGGUAUUAUCUUAAAAACAAUAAUGUAAUCUUAUUAUAAUAAGAAUCGAUUAUAGAUUAGAAUUAUAAAUUCUAUUUCCCAAUACAAACUUGUAUUUAUUUAGUUUGUUUCUCUGUUUAAACCCAAACUAUUCUUAUUCCAAAUAUUAAUUUUGUUUAAUCAUAUUAUAUUAUAACAGAUACAUUUAUCUAAAUAAUAAAAAGUAUAUAAAUGUUAGUAUACAGAGAAAAUCUCGUAAACACGUAUGAAGGAAAAAAAAAGCUAUAAAACAUUGAUCGAGUUAUUAGAUCAUUAGAUCUGAUGUAUUAGAUCAUCCGUCAAGCAUUUGGCAAACCAACUGGAUAAGAGUACGCUUGUAGAAUAUUAGUAACGAUUAUUUUCUAUAAAUUCUACAAAAUCAUAUUAAUCAUAAAGAUCGUAUCAAUAGAAAAUCAUUCGACAAAAUACUAAAAUCGCUUAAAGUUAUGAAAAUUUAACGAUGUUUUAACACAGUUAAAUAAAACAAGAUGUACUUCAUCUCCGCAAAAGUCACUACGUUCUUCGUUGUUAAAUAGAAUCAUUUUCAACUUGUUGAUUUUGAAUAUAGAUAUCUAAGAGUGUUUCCCUGUUCGAACCAAAGAGAAAUCGUUGACCCGAAACUUUAUACAAUUCGUAUAUUUUAUGCGUUACAAUGAAAAUAUUAUAUGAAAGCUUUUUAUUUCUCUAUACACUUUGAAUACCCCAAGUAUAUGUGUUUUUCACUUUCUUUCGCAAAACAAGCAUCUCGAUUCUUAAUACUUCGAAAUCAAGUGACGAUGCGAAUAACUAAAUAUAAACGUUUGAAGUGACGUGUUCAACUCGAAACCUUCGGUUCUGAUUUCUGGUUUACCGUCGAUCUUAUCGCAUUGAAUAUAUCGAAAAAAUAUACGUAGAUAUUUUCAAACGAAAGUUCGGAAGAUUGAUAUUACAAACAUCGCAUAUAACUUAAUUGUCUGGAUGUCUAUCAGGAAUCUUCUCGAUAAACAUCGU